ACUCUUGAUACGAGUCUUAUUCCGAUUAAGCUUAGUUGCAAUGAGUUCCAACGGAAGUUCCAUCUCCGAGAAACCAAAAGGCGUCGAGUCUGACUCCUCUCCCGGACCGAUCAAACCCAUCGGAACACCCCAUGUCUCAUCCAACCACUCAAUAGGCGAUCUCCACUCGAAGCGAGACAAAGGCGAAGCGUCGGUCACUUCCGGUCUGACCAAACUCAGCGGCAAAACUGCUGUCUCUUCCGGCGUCUUGAUCGGCGUACCUAUGUCGAAGAACCCCAAUGGUGCGAUCAUUCACAGCACGAAGGCUGGUGUCUCCUCAGGUGUUAGAGGCAAAUCUGCUGUCUCUUCCCGCGUUAAGGGAAAAGCUAUUGUCUCGGCCGAAGUGGUGGCUUUCAAAGAUGUGAAAUACGGACCUCAUGACGGCGAGUUGAGGUUCCGGUUGAUCCAUUUUUGGGAAGCUCGAAAUGUUGUGUCAAAGGUGCUUAUCGGUCUCGAGAUGCUUCUCAUCGACCAAGAGGAGACUGUCAUCCAGGGUUUCAUCCCAGCUGGGAGGAUAGACACUUAUUUGCCACACAUGAGAGCUGGUGGCCUUUACAGACUCAACAGUUUUUUCGGUUCUCACAACAAGAAUUUGUAUCGUGUUGCGGAACCAAGUUUCACCAUCACAUUCUCAUCGACUUCUGUCCUCUCUGAUCUAACGGACAGUCCGGUUUGUUUCCUUGAGGACCGGUUCCGGAUCCAUGGAUAUGAGGAGUUCGAUGCUGCCUGCGACUUGAGAGGGGAUCUUUAUGAUUAUGUUGGCCACAUCAAGCUUGUGAAUGGACAGGUUCUAAGUGAUAGUCUCAUGCUAGAUGAUGCCGAGAUAGCUUCAUCUCGCCGCGUCUUGCUCCAUGUUCAAACACAUGAUGGUCCGGUGAUGAAGUUAUACCUAUGGGACAAGGCUGCCUCGGAUUUUAGUGAGAAAUUUAAAGCAUCUGGAGGAACCGCACGUGUUGUUUUGGUCACUACUUUAAACCCGAAACGAUUUGGAGGUACCCUCGCUCUCUCUUCUAUGACGCCAUCACGUGUUUUCUUGGACAAAGAUGUUCAAAUAACCGAAGAGUAUCUCACUUGGAUGAACGCGAACUUAUCUGUUGCCAACAGAGUUAACGCAGACGUUGUCACUAAGACUGAGACAAUGACCAUAGGCGAGCUCUUAUUCUAUAUUCAGCAGGAAGAUGCCAAGGUUGCUUGGUUUGAGUGCAUAGCAACUGUUGCUGAUGUGGUGCACGGUUCAUCCUGGUAUUACAUAGGAUGUGGUGUGUGCCACACUAAGGCAACCAAAGGGCCUACCACCCUUAUGUGUAAAAAAUGUGGGAAACCCGACAUUGUUGGUGUUCCACAGUACCUGGCCAAGAUCUCUGUGUAUGAUAAUGAGGAUCAGGCGUCUUUUGUGCUCCUCGGUGAUGCUGGACAUGAGUUAUCCGGAAGAAAAGCUUCAGAGUUGGUUGCAAGUUAUUUCGAGGCUAAUGAGAAUGUAGGAGAUGACCACUUGGUUCCGGUACCUCAGGCUCUUAUCGAUACCAUUGGACAGACUCGAAAAUUCAUUGUGAAAGUAUCAGAUCACAAUUUGACAGGCAAGACCCAAGCUUUGACUGUGACAAAGGUUCUCACCCCAGAAGAUCAAGAAGCUGAAGCCCAAGGAACUCUGCAGAAUGGAGUUGCUGAUGGUGAACCUUCCACAUGCGUUGGGAUUGUGAAGAGGGCUGCUGAUAAGGUCGAGGCAGAAGACCCCAAGCGAGCCAGAUGUGGCUAGGAUGUGUUGAAUCGUGGUUUUAUGAUUACUAAGACUCUAUGCUUUGUUUUUUUUUAAUCUCAGACUUUGUGUUUGCAACAUUGAACUAUCUUUCUUAUUGUCUCUGCAUAAUGUUUUUACCUUAAGUUUGAU